AGAAAAAAUAGAUAUAUAUAACUGUGAUUUAGCACAUUUGAAGCCAGGUAAUUCAACUGAAUUAUUUACGAGUUAGCAUUGAAAUAUGUCAGGUCAAAGAGAUAUUGUCUUAUUUUGGGGGAGUGGUAGUCCUCCUUGCUGGAGGGUAAUGAUUACUCUGGAAGAAAAAAAUCUAGAGUAUACCUCUCGUUUAGGAUCUUUUGACAAGAAGGAUCACAAAACUGAAGAAGUUCUUGCCUUGAAUCCCAGGGGUCAGUUUCCGACUUUCAAAUAUGGAGAUAUCGUCCUGAAUGAAUCUUUGGGAAUUGUUGACUUUCUGGUUGCUCAACACAAGAGCACUGGGUGUUGUCUUCUACCUGAUGAUCCGACAAAACAGGCAGCAGUUUUACAGAGGAAGUAUGAGAUUGCUAAUCUAAUACGAGCAACUGAAACUUCAGUCUAUUAUCUCUUCAGAACGAAGAAAGAUGAAAUUGAUCCUGAAAAAGUAAAGAUGUCGGACCUCUUGAACGAGCUGGAAAAAUGGAACGGAUUUUUGGGAAAAACUGAGCAUGUUGCACUGCCAGAAUUUAGUGUGGCUGAUAUAAUCUUUUAUCCUCAAGUAGCUUUUCUGGAGAGAGUUGGAUUCAAAUUUGAAGACAAAUUCUCAAACAUUGCUAAUUACAUGAAGAAAAUGAAGGAAAGACCAUCAAUUCAGAAGUCAUGGCCUCCUCACUGGAAGGAGACUCCGAAUUUGAGUCUCGUAACACCCUACGUAAAAUAG